GGGAACUGGAAAUAAAAUGAGAGAUGUCAGUAUCGAGCUCCUCCCACCAUCAGACCCAUAGAUGCAAUGGCUGAGCAGGAGUCCAACUGAAGAGCGCUUAGAGACCUUAUUCUAACAUGGUGGAUGGACUGUUUCUAUUCAGCUUUAGCAUUAUUCUGGUGACAAGAAAGGAACAGGGUAGCAGAAUGUCUCCUUCACCUUCAGAUCCACCCCACAUACCCUGCUCUAUUGGCCUCCUGGGCCUGUGUGUCUUCUUGGGUGUGCAUUCAACAUUAAGCAAAUUGGUGUUCUCUGCUGUGCCAGAGGACAGCAUUGGCGUGUUAAAUCAGCCACUGAUGCUGCACUGUGCGGCAUAUGAUUCAAGCCUGCAGAAAGUGCUGCCUGUUGCCUGGGAGAAGGACUUGCGUGGAACUCCAGUUGCUCUUGGUUCAAAGAUGCAUCAAAUGGCCAAUGGGUCUCUGCUCUUCAUCCAGCUUCAGGAAGAAGACCUAGGAACAUAUACAUGCAGUGCUAGCACAGGCUUCAGCAACAUCAGGACCACAGUCAGCAUCUAUAAAGCUGAUUUAGAAGAUGUUUUCUUCAGUCCACUCUCUCAGACGGCGCAGGAGGGUCAGCUGGUGUUUCUUCAGUGUGUGUCUGGAGACAGCUCACCUGCUGCUCACAUCACCUGGCUGAAGGAUGGAAAGCCACUCAGCAGAGGAACUCAGAUUCAGGGUCAAUAUGGUGGUGGGAAUGACAAGAAGACCUCAGGGACACUCAAAAUAGAGCACGUCUCACAGGAAGACGAGGGGGUCUAUGUCUGUGUUACUCAUAAUCCUCUUUUAAAUAUCAGCAGAGAGAGCAACAUGGCAACUUUAACCUUGUCUGACUCUGAUAUUAAUUUGGAGAUUGUACGAGGCCCUGAAAACAUAACUGUAGCUACAGAGACAGAGGCAGCAUUUCACUGCUCUGUACGAGGAUUCCAUGAUCCCAUCGUGCACUGGUUUAAAGAUGGCAAGUCGUUGGGUAAUGAAUCUCGCCAAAGCCUUCAGCACCAUGGACAGCUCCUUAUUAUAAGGAAUGUGUUGGAGGAAGAUGAGGGAUUCUAUCAUUGUGAGGUAAAAAAUGAAAAUGACCUGGUGAUAUCCAAGCCAGCCUAUCUCCUUCCAGCAGUGAUGGAGUGGACCUUUCAGAGAGAGCCAGCCAAUGCUACAGUGAAGAGGGGAGGCGAGGCAACUCUGGUUUGCAGGCCACCGGCUAGCAGGCCUUCUGCUACAGUGAACUGGUUCAAAAACAACUGGUUACUCAGUCCUGCAUCACAUUUCAGUAUUGAGCCAAAUGGGGAUCUCUUCUUCCACAGCGUGAAGGAUUCAGACAGAGGGAUGUACUUCUGUAGAGCAACAAAUAGUCACCUCCCUAGAGAUGUCACAUCCAGAAAGGUUUAUCUCGAAGUGCUGGCUCCUCCAUCUGUGUCUGUCUGGCCAUCCAUGUUGACGGCCCCCAUUGGGGCAGAGGUGGUAAUAAGAUGCCGCGUGUCUGGGCAUCCUGCCCCACUCAUUGUGUGGUCCAAACAGGGGCAUUCGGUGAUGACAGGUGGGAAAAUCACUAUUGGAGUGAGAAAUGCUACUCUCUUCAUCUCCUCUGUGAGAAGGUAUGAUGAGGGCACAUACACAUGCAAGGCUUUUAACACCAUGGGUCAGGAUGAGAGAGUGGCUACUUUACGUGUUGCAGUGAGCCCAGUCAUCAUGUUAUUUCAGAAGUCAGUGAGCAGUGUGGUGGGUAGCACUGUGACCUUGCCAUGUCGAGCCAUAGGAGAUCUUCCCAUCACAUACACCUGGACCAGGGGUUAUCAGGGGUCCCUCUCUUCCUCACUACCAGGACACAUAGACAAUAAUGGCACAUUACACCUGUUAGACAUCCAGUGGGAUGCAGCAGGAGAGUAUCAUUGUAUCGCUGAGAACCUGGCAGGGCGAGAUCAGCUGAGCACCAUCCUUUCCAUUUCUGCAGUAGAGGAGAAUCCUCCAGAUGAAGACAUUGUGACAUUUACUUCACUCACAAAUAUAAGUCAACAGAAUACUACUAACCUGAACUUAUCAACUGAUUCAGACACAAGAAGUGAUCAACAGUAUGAUAAUUACAUAAGAAAAUCAGGGGCUCUCCUGAAAGACUCACCAAUCAAUUCUGAAACGGUUUCAACAUCUGAUAUUGUAACUUCAUUCACAUUAUUACCUAAUUCAGAAAGUUCAGGAUAUGAGAAACUUGAGCAUUACAUUGGGCAACCAAAAAGUGAUACGUCAAAGUUAUCCGAUUUUAUUUUUCAAAACACAGAUAGGAUAACUCCAUCUCCUCAGCCCCUAGAGCCCAACCUAAUACAUACACAGACACAGCCACCAACACUUCAUGUGACUGUAUCCAUAUCAAGUGAUCAGCUCACACAUUUGCCUACAAUCACCCCACACAACACUGAAGCCCAAGUUUCAAACAAUUACUUGAAUACUAAGCCUUCUUUCCUAAACACCCAGACACCAAGCUUGUGCUUGCUUCCGGUUGAGUCACCAACCCAGACUCUUUCUCAGAUAACAAAUCCAUCUACAGAAUUUCCACCAGCUCCACCUUCACACCCCCUUCUAGAAAAACAUGACAUCCCCAUUGUAGUUGGAGUUGGGGUCUCCCUUGCUUUUAUAUUCAUUACUAUGGCAUUCUACUCUUUGGUGCAGAAGAAUGAUUCUACUGCCCCUACAAGCCGAGGAGCUCAGAGGAAUUUUGGAGUCCCUCCCAGACACGGAGAACGUUUGGUUACAGGAAGGACCUAUGACAACAGGGCUUUUGAAGAUGAUAACCUUGUGGCUGUUAUUGAGCAAAGUCCAAACACUUCCAACACCAGACCCCGUGACUCCACCCACAGUACCUCCACCCUGAUGAUGAAGCCAAUAUGCAACAUCUUAGAUGAGGUCUCUGCCCACAAAGAUUUGCCAGUCAUUGUAGAAACUCAUCAGAGUCAACAAGAGUCAAUCUCAGAGGAGCAGACCCCUCAGCCCUCUGCUACGCCUGUUCACCACAGCAUCAACAUCUCUCACGCCUCCUCCUCUUCCUCCUCUCUUCUCCUCUCAAACUGUGUCUCUUUGGGAGUGACUACUGUGGCGGUGCACUUCUUCCCCUCAGCUGUUGUUGCCACCACCCAUUCCACCCCACCAGUACUUAGCCAAGAGGUGGGCUUCCAAAUGGCCACUGCCGUGUCAGAGCCAGAGCAGCAGAAUACACACAUCCUGCAUCCUGGACCCAGCUAACGGUCUGCUCAAUGCAUCUGUCCGAGUCAGACAGAUAAAGUUUCAAACAUCCUCUCUGUAUAAGAAGCCAUUUGUGAGGAGAACUGUCCGUGUUAUUGGACAGGUACUGAUUAUAUGUAGUCUAUCCAAGACUUAGCAAUAGGAUUCACUGUGCGCUAAAAUAAGAAACUGCAGUUCACUUUCUAAUUUCAAAGCUACUUUUUCUUAAAGAAUUUUGACAUUGUGUGCCACCAUUCACUUAAUGGGCUUACAUUAGACAUUGUACUGUUCUGUCACACAAUCUCUGAUUUGUGUUUGCUUGUAUCUAAUUUUGAUUUUCUUAAAGUUAACUCUGGUGUGGUACGUUAAAAGGCAUUUGCACUGUCAGUGUUUUGUAAGCAGUGCUUUAGAAUACUACAACUAAAUGAAUUGCAAGACGCAGUUGAAUGUGAAUGCUGUGUAAAACUAGCAUAACUGUUACAUCAUCUGGAAACCAGAAUAACAAUACCCAGGGUCAUUUUAAAAAGGAAAAUACCUAAAAAUUUGCUGACUGAAGCUUCUUAAAACGUUUUUAUGCUACACUCCUCUAUGACCAUAAACUAAAUAUAUUUGAUGUGUAGACGAAACAAGGCCUUUGGGGACAAAUUUGCGGGCUUUAUGGAAUACUGAUCAGAAAUUGUAAUUUUUUCACCAUUUUCUGACAUGUUAUUAAACAACUUCAGAAAAUAAUCAACAGAAUAAUUGGUUAUGAAAAUAGUUUAGUUUAGCCCUAAUGUAAAUUGAUAUGGCUUAGCAUUCUAUUCACAUAAUCAAAGUAUGCGCAAGUGAUGAUAUGGGGAAAGCAAUGAUAAUAUAGUACAAUCUGUGUAGUGGAUACAAUAGACCAGAGGUUCUCAAGUUCCAAAGGUCAAACUAAACGGCAAGGCACACCGACCGUUACUCAUUAUGAAGUAUCACAUACAUUAUUAUAGGCUGUAACAGGGGUGUUCAUUUUAUGAGACAUAUAAAAGUGCAUCGUGUUUCUCAAAAUUCCAUGGCACACUCACUCUGCCUCAUGGUGCACCAGUUUGAGAACCACUGCAAUAGACCCUAUAGUUGUGAUUCUGGAAAUUCUGGGAGUUUCCGUUAAUAUUCAGAAAAAGUUACCUCGGGUAAAGGUUUCUUGCAGUGCAACUGAAAUGAAACUGCAAGUGUGGAUGACACAGCAGAGGGUCCUAACAAGCCACGUAACUUGUUCUGAUAGCCUACAUGCAGGAUUAAAACUGUUAAACUAAGGUACAGCCAAGUGAACAGCAGUGCAAAUGCCCAAACAUGUUUUGGGCACAAAGGGUAAAUGUUUAUUUGCUGAAUUUGUUUACAUUUACAUUGUGUAUAGCGUGAUGAUGUUGUUAAGACUUUUUAUUGGUUCUCUUGUUCUUUAUUGGUUACAAAAAUGCCUUUUGCAAUUUCCUUGCAAAAAAAAUCAUACAAACAGACUGUUAUUUCCACACUGAUAUAAUUAUACAAGCUACUGUAUGGCUGAAUUUUCCAAUAAAAAAUAAAUAUCUUUGUUUAUCCAUUCAGCUUCAUUUCUUCAUGCACCAAUGUGCUAAUGUCAACAUCUCUUCAUAAAACACUACCUGGACAAACAGGGAUGGACUGGGACUAAAAAAGACCCUGGACUUUCUUCCGACACACACACACACAAUUAUCAUAAAACUGUUUCAUAAUACCAUGCCAGUCAAGGUAUCACAUUUGACAAACAAAUAUUAUUGUUUUGCCACAUGGCCUCAUUCAUACAAGUAAAUCAACAGGGAUGUCAUAGACAAUUAUGGUGGGGGUCAUCAAUAAAAAGUGUGUCUGUUAAUAAUUUUAGGAGUAGGAGGAUAUAACAGGCAUUGCACAAACAACCUGAUCAGCUUGAUGCUUGA